CAGCUGCAGCGCUGGGACGGACAACAAGUCUGCGCUCUGUGCGCUCUUGGAGAAGUCACUCGGUGGACGAAGUGGAGUACACAGGCUGGACUGACUUUUCACAAAUUAGCAUAUGGGACUUCUGUUGUGAUAUAUGGAUGAGUCCGGCGUCUUUUUACCCCCUUGUGACUGUUCUUUUAUCCCCAGAGACGAGAGCGCGCUGUCCCGUUAGACGUCGAUUAAAAGUCGACCUCGUCACUUUUGAUUCAUGGACUCAAUACGGACUGUAGCUGCAAGCGUUUCUGUCAAGAGGCUCAUGCGAGGUUGACUGGAUUCAUUCAUUGUAUAACAAGAUUGUGGGAUCAUGAAGUUGUCUUUGGACAGUAUGGGUGUCCUGAAGAUCGUGCUGCUCUUCUUUGAGGCGGUUUUGCUGACCGACUGUGCGCGAGGACCUCCACGGGUGUCAGAGAAGGUUGCUCACAGACAGACGGCCCGGCUUGGGAGUGCCAUCAAGCUGCCCUGUCCGGUGGAAGGAGACCCCCCACCCCUCAUCAUGUGGACCAAAGAUGGGCGCAACAUCCACAGCGGCUGGAUCCGUUUCCGAAUCCUCCGUAUGGGCCUUAAGAUCAAGGAGGUGGAGGCAGAUGACACAGGGACCUAUAUCUGCAAAGCCACCAACGGCUUUGGAAGUGUUAACAUCAACUACACCCUCAUUGUCAUCGACGACUCGGGCUCUGAUAAAAAAGGACCUGGAGCAACCGAGGGAGCAGAGUCUGACCUGGGCUCUGAUGGCUUGUUAGAAAAAUAUGUGCGUCCUCGCUUCACCCACCCCACUAAGAUGAGAAAAAGGGUGAUCGACCGUCCUGUCGGCAGCUCAGUGCGCCUCAAAUGCAUGGCCAGUGGAAAUCCUCGACCCAACAUUGUGUGGCUGAAGGACGACCGUCAGCUCACGGAGCAGGAGGUCGGCGAGGGCCGUCAGAAGAAGUGGACCCUGAGUCUGAGGAACCUGACCCCGGAGCAGAGCGGCAGAUACACCUGCAGGGUCUCUAAUCGAGCGGGGGAAAUCAACGCUACAUACAAAGUUGAUGUCAUACAACGGACAAACACCAAGCCUGUUUUGACGGGCACUCACCCGGUCAACACGACGGUGGACUUUGGAGGCACCACGUCUUUCCAGUGCAAAGUGAGGAGCGACGUGAAGCCGGUCAUUCAGUGGCUCAAACGAGUCGAGACUAACGAGGAGAGCCGCUACAACUCCACCAUCGAGGUUGGGGACCACCGUUUCGUGGUGCUGCCCACGGGGGACGUGUGGUCGCGACCCGACGGCUCCUACCUCAACAAGCUGCUCAUUACCCGCGCCAAGGAAGAUGACGCCGGCAUGUACAUCUGCUUAGGCGCCAACACCAUGGGCUACAGCUUCCGCAGCGCCUUCCUCACUGUGCUGCCAGACACAAAGCCUCCCAUCACGCCGAAUUUCUCCCCGGCCUCCAGCUCCCUCCCCUGGCCCGUCAUCAUCGGCAUCCCCGCUGGCAUCGUGUUCAUCUUUGGCACGGUGCUGCUGUGGUUCUGCCAGAGCAGAAAACACUGCCCCCCUCCCAGCGCUCCUUCAGCCGCUGGUGCACAGGUGCUGCAGAGCUCCCACCGGCUGCCGUAUCGAGAACGGGAUCGAGGCUGUGCGGCUCCGUCAUCCAGCUCCUCGAGCCCGGAGAAAGACUGCAUGAGCUCCAUGAACUAUGAGGAGUACUUGGCACAGCAGCAGCUCCUCCUCAGUCAGGGAGGACCGACAAUCCCCCCUAAAAUCUACCCCAAAAUCUACACAGACAUUCACACGCACACUCACUCCCAUGUGGACGGGAAAGUACAUCAGCAUCAACACAUUCAUUUCCAGUGUUAGCCAGUGUGCCAAAUAUCCCUCACUAACUUUCCCAGUGAGUUAUGGACCUCUUGAGUGACAUUCACCUGGCAUUGCUCUUUAUGAACUUCGUCACACUCUUCUUAUAGCUGGAGCGUGUCAGGAAAGAGUGCUUAUGGGAAAACCAGUGGCCAGUGAUACAUCCAAACUUCCAUAUUUGGUGCUUAAUCUCUACCGUUCAGAUCCUCACACCACUAAACUCCAUUGAUCCUUGUUGUGCGCUUAACACAAUCAGAGGAGAAGAACAUUUUUGCAGCGUGUGAGUUCAGUCGCAGCUAUUCAGGCCAGCUGAAAGCUCCUCCUCUGCAGUUGCAUUUUCCCACUUGGGGUAUCGCUGUUUGGGGGGGGUUGGGUUUUACCUUUCACUUAUUCAGCUGUCACAGUGCAGAGUUCUGUACAGUCUGCAUGAAUGAAGAUGAAAAUGGUACUCAAGAUUUACAAAGGAGUCGUUUUUUACGCUCCUACUCAGGUAGUCCUUUUGUUUGUUAAAGAUGCAUAAUGUUUGGAAUGCAGACCACUAUCCCUUUGUCGCCUCCCUCCAUCUCCAUCCCUCUUUGUUCCUGUUGAAAGUGAAAUAGAGUAGGCCGGUGAGUGUCAGAGCCUUUAAUGGCGUGCAAACCUAGCCUAAGACUGCAAGGGAUGGAAGAAAUGUGUUUUCCGAAUCAGUUCUCGUUAUCAUUUGAACGUCUUUUUAAAGGUAGAUUCCCAUCAUCAGUUAAACGCAUGUGGAGUUAAACUAGCAUUCACCACAGUUUAUGAAGCUGUAGUCUUUAUUAUCAAACUGAGUCAUGAAUAUUUAAUUUAUUUUGCUAAAUAUGUAUCAAAGUUUAUUUUUCAGAGUAAGGCAUUUUUACAUAUCUAUGUAUGUAAUGUUAUUAAAGUAUACUGUUGAUGUUAUGUUUAGUACAUUUUGAGUACUUUGUCAGUUUAAUCACAUUUAGUUAAUGCCAAUAUUUUAGGUUUCUGUAUGUAAUUGGUUAUAUUUGACAAUCCAGUAUGAUGAUGUACUCUGUUCAAGGCUCAAAAGCUAAGUCAUCUGAAGCAUGAUGGUUUGGUAGUUUCAUUAAAUGACCUGAAACGAA